CUCACAUCUGAAUUCUAAAGAGAGCCUGUAGAAAGCAAUCAAUGGUGGCAGGACCGAGAAACUGCAGCUUGACUGCGCUUGUGGUUGAUGGUGAUACGACUAGCAACAUGAUUGAGCAGGGCCUUCUUCGGUCUUUUGGAGUCAUAACCUGUGGCGUCGACAAUGGCAGGGCUGCUAUUGACCUCUUUGCCUCUGGUGCAAAAUUUGAUCUCAUUCUCAUCGACUUGAUCCUACCUGUGAUCAAUGGCCUCGAGACUACACGGCAGAUUAGGGCGAUGGGUGUGAAAACAAAGAUGUUGGGGGUGACCGCGUGCUCACGUGAGAGAGAGGAGAAGGCAUUUCUGGCUGCCGGAGUUGAUGAGUUUAUUGAGAAACCGCUGGACUCCAAUAGAUUGGCUUCCAUCCUGAUGGAACUUAAUGCCAACUAACAGAGAAGAGAGUCAUUCAAAGGCUUCCAUAUUGCUAGAAUUUUGUUAAUUUUGUCUUCAUUUUGGGGAAAUUACAUUUAUUCCCACGUGGUUUGGGGUCAAUGCACUUAACCCCCUUUGUCAUAAAAAUGUUCACUUAAU